AUGUCCUCUAAAGAAAGAUAUUUGGGUUCACCACUUAUUCUUGGUUACUCUAAGCAAGAGGCAUUCAAAAAUAUUGAAGAGAAUUUCCAGAAAAGAUUUACUUCUUGGUCUUCUACUUCUUUAACUCAAGUUGGGAGGGGUAUCAUGGUUAAACAUGUUCUUAAUUCCAUUCCCAUAUAUCAGAUGGGCACUUUCAAUUUACCUUUUGUACUCAUCAACAAACUUACUACCAUCCAAAGAAAGUUUUUCUGGGGGUACAAGUCAAAUAGGGGUUUCAAUCUUAUAGGGUGGAAUAAAGUAUGUAAACCUAAAGACAUGGGAGGGAUGGCUUUCAGGGAUUUAGAAAUGCUUAACUUAGCAUUACUUAUCAAAGUUGCUUGGAGAUUACUAACUGAAAAGGAUUCUUUGUGGACUCAAAAUAUGGAGAGCAAAUACUUCAGGGAUGGAAAUAUUCUUCAUCAAAAAAUAGAAGCAAAAAAUUAUUUAUAUACUUGGAAUGGUAUAGCUAAAGGUCUCAUCCAUGUUCAACAGAACUACUUCAUGGAAGUUGAUAAUGGUAAAAAAAUGAAAAUUUGGAUUGACAGAUGGAUUCCUGGCUUAUCGCAUCCACCUAUUCCAGUUAAUGAACUAGACAGAUUUUAUCAAGAGGUGGAAGAACGUCUUUUACCUAACUCAAAUACUUGGAAUGUGGAGCUUAUAAACAAAUUAUUUGAUGUUGAUACUUCUUCAAAAAAUACAAACCAUCUUCAUGGAUACCACCAAGGAGGAUAUCAUGAUUUGGAUGCCAGCAAGAGAUAG